AUGGACGGCUGCGAAGGACGCGUCGCGGUGACGGGGCUCGGAGCAGGCGUCUCCAUCACAAUUCGAGGUGCAGGCGUCGGUGUGACUAUCAUCGAUUGCCAGUCGUCGAAUCAGCGGGCGUUUCUGUUUGAUACCAAGGCCGACGGCUUUUUCCUCGAAGACUUUUCCAUCGUUAAUGGAGGUGGCCCCAAUACGGCGUACAACAAAGGCGGAUGCAUGCGACUGAUGGACGCCUCAACAGUGACCUUUACCAGGAUCCACGUGAAUGGCUGCAUGGUCGAUGAUGGAGCCGUGACAAAAGCUGGAUGCGUCGAGGUCGGCCAGUCGUCGUCGCUCACCAUUGUCGACUCGACGCUGGAGAACUGCGAGGCGACAGGCCCGGGCGGAUGCGUGCAGGUCCCAUCGGGCUCAAGUCUCAUACUCGAUGGCGCCAUCCUCCGGAGCUGUACCGCAGGCACUGUCGGCGGUGCCAUUGCGGUGCAAAAUUCCAACCUGUUCCAAGUCAUUGGCGCAGGCGCCUCGAUCUCGUCCUCGACUGCGGAGCUUGAGGGCGGCGGGGUGUAUCUGGACCAGACCGCCGCUAUCGACGUAGUUGCCGGCGCUGUUUUCGAUGUGUACAAUAACGAGGCUGGUACUAGUGGCGGUGGCAUCGCCGUGAUGCAAGUCGGCGGCGAUGCGCCGUCCGGGAGCAUCCGCGGGGCCACUAUCCGCGACAACUCAGCGGCCGUUUGUGGCGGCGGCAUGUGGUGGGGCGAGGGCGUCGACGUAGUGCUCACCGACUCGCUCGUCGCCGGCAACGUCGCGGAUUUUGGCGGUGCCGUGUGCUUUGCGGGUGCUGGAUCGACUGGCUCGCUCAUCUCGAACACGGUGCUGAGCGGGAACUCGGCGACAGACGGUGGCGGCUUGUAUGUGACGGGGUCGACGAGCGCGACGCUCCACAAUCUCACCAUCACCGACAACACCGCCGAUUUCGGGGCAGGAGCAUACUUUGGCACUGGUGCCGUACCCACGCUGUCAGGCUCGCUCAUCACGCAGAACCACGCGCUCGUCCGCGGAGCACUGUACACCACUAACGACGUCGGUUCUACCAUCGACACCGUCGGCACGGUCUCGUGCACCAACUACGGCGGUGAUGCGGAAAAUGCUGACACCUCGUGUUCCGGAGUGUCGCGGUUCGUCAAUCCGCCACCGGGAGACUGUGCGUCGAACACGUUCUGCAAGCGGUCAACCGAUCCUUGCACCUUAGCUGGCCCGCCGGCCACCUGCACCUCGGCCUGUCCGACUGCCUUGUGGAUCCCGUGA